AUGUCAUCAAGCCCAUGGCUGAAGGUAGAAUCAUGGUUUAAACAAUACGGCCCUAUCAUCACUCUACGCUUAGGACACAAGAAGUUGGUUUUUAUUGGUGGUUAUAAAGCUGCAGUGGACAUUAUGGAGAGACAAGGCCAGUCGACUGCCGACCGCCCUGAUUCUAUUGCUGCUGGGGAGCUGCUCACUGGUGGAUUGAGCCUUCCUUUGGCUCACCAUGGCGACAGGUUUCGUCGAAUGCGCAGAGCGAUGCACACUCAUCUUCAGCCUGCAGCAGCCGCGGCAUAUCAUCCCCUGCAGUCGGAAUACGCAAAGAAAUUCGUCAUGGGUCUUCUUGAUGAUCCACACCAUUUCGAGGAGCAUGCGCGAAGCAUGAAAAUUGCAUAUGGAAAGACUACACCUACCUCUGUGUCGGAUCCUGAAGUUAUUAGGGCUGUUGAGGGUGUCGAUAUGGUCCUUGCUGCACUGAAACCUGGCGCGUAUAUGGUGGACAUUAUUCCUUGGUUAAAAUACAUUCCUUGGUAUGGGCGCGAACUACGCGAACACUUCCGGGGCACCAUGCGGCUCUUCUCUCAGCAACUCGGCCGUGUCGAAAAUGAGCUGGAGGAAGGUAGCAACGCCAGUCAUUCGUUUGGAAGAUACCUUUUGGAAAAUCAAACUCAUCACGGAUUGUCUGAGGACGAGGCGCUGUUUCUCGCUGGUGUAUUUUUUGCAGCUGGAUUCGACACGACUAUGGUUGUGUUAUGCACAAUGAUAGUGGCAGCUGCUCGUUUUCCUGAAGAACAACGUAAGGUUCAAGACGAGCUGGAUGCAGUCAUCGGGAGCGACAGAGCACCCACUUUUGCCGAUCGGCAAUCACUUCCCCGCGUUGUUGCCUUUAUUUCUGAGACUCAGAGAUGGAGGCCAUUGGUACCUAUGGGAAUGCCGCAUAGCACGACCAAGGAUGUGAUUUGGGAAAAUUAUAUUAUUCCAGCUGGGACAACGGUAUUCGGCCAUCAAUGGAGCAUCGGUCGGGAUCCAGAAAUCUUCCCAGACCCUCACACAUUCAAGCCAGAUCGUUGGCUUGAUGCCGAAGGACGCUUCAGAGAUGAUCUCAAGUUCUUUCCCUACGGGUUUGGCCGGCGUGCGUGCCCUGGACAACACGUUGCAAAUAAUUCGCUUUUCGUGAACACGGCGCUUAUGCUUUGGGGCUUCCGGUUCGCGAGGGACCCCAUGAAGCCGUGGCCAGAUAUGAGUUACAUGCAGGGUAUUCCGCCAGAGCAACUGCGGUGCAAGAUUGAUAUCCAACCGCGGCUUCCGGAAGCUAAAAUCAGGCGUGCGAUGGAGGACUAUCCUUCCUACGAUAAUAUGGUCUGA